UGGAGAACGGCCCUGAUGAGGCCAGUACCGCCCCCGCUGACGGCUCUGGGAAGCCGCCUUCGAAGAAGAGGAAGAAGGGUGCCGGCGCCAGCGCCGCGCUGCGGUGCAUCGCGCCCCUCAGCGAGGAGGACCUCGGCCUGCGCAAGCAGUGCGUGGACCUCUGCAAUCGUCUCCUGGCAGAGCCCGAGGUGUCAGAGGGCGGCAUGACGGUGCGGCAGCGCAACGCCCUCUGCAGUCUGUUGCUCGCCCUGGCGCUCGUGCUGCUGGACGCGGACGACCAGGAAGACCGCGAUGCGCUGAGGGCGCAGAUCAACGAGGUUCUCCCCGUCGUGUCUGGUCUCCCAGCCGAGGCCCCCGCGGACGCUCCCGCGAAGAGGCGUGCUAAAGUGCAGAAGCAGCGGCAGGAGGCUCUUGCGGCGGUGCCCCGAGUGGCGGCUGAGCUCUUCACGAACAGCGGAGGUUUGAUGAAGGAGAGGUCACGCGCAUGGCCUGGCGAGAGUUGGGCGAUUUCACCCCCGACGAGACAAUAUCCAGCAUUUGUGCCUCGGUGA